AUGUGCAUAACCCUCACCACCAAAUAUUCCACCUGCGGCUGCAUCUGGGACAACAUCUCCACACGCUGCCGAGGCCUGCGACCAUGUCACCGGCAAGAGAUGAUCACGCUGGAGGACCUAAUGAAGACGACGUGCCAACGAUGCCAAAUCACCUCCGAGCGGACGGAGCGACUCGCGGCGCUGAUUGAGAUGAUGGAGGACAGCGUGAUCGACGACUCGGGGAUGGUGGUGGAGGAGGAGGAGGAGGAGGAGGUGGUGGUGGAUGCCGAGGAGGAGAGAUUGGGCUUGGGCGGGGGCGGGGGCGGGUUGAUUGUGAUGGGACGGUUGGGGAGUGGCGAGGAUAGGUGGGGGGUUGAGGGAGAGGGUUAG